CUGCAGAGUUUGAAGAUGGCCAAUGCUGUGACUUCCUACGACCAGCUGGCCCACCAGGUGGAGGCUCUCCGUAAGGAGAACUCCCACCUGAGGAGGGAGCUGGAGGACAACUCCAACCAUCUGUCCAAACUGGAGACCGAGACCACCGGCAUGAAGGAGGUGUUGAAGCAGCUGCAGAGCAAACUGGAGCAGGAGGCAGGAACACUGGCCUCGUCCGGGAGGAGCGACGUGCUGCACCAACUGACAGAGCUCCACAUGGACCUCACCAACUACUACGAGCUCAAGCACCAGCCUCACAACCUGAGGCUGCUGACGGACAGCCUGGAAGGGGCGGAGCUAGACGACUACCUGGCUUCCUGCCCCUCUGCCUCGGCGGUGAGCAGAGCCAGGAGUCCACUCCGAGGCCCGUCACACCUGAGCGCAGUGUCCGGCGUGGAGGCAGCCGCCAUGUUGUUGCCGCAUCACUUCCUGGACGGGGCACCACCCAAAACAGCUGUGAUCACCGGGGCGGAUGGACGAAUGAGCGACCACCACCAAGAGGAGCUGUACAAGGAGAGGAACCUCCUGCUGGGGGAGAUCGACCGGGAGGAGAGGGAGCGCUGCUGGCACUUCAGCCAGCUGGAGGAGCUGUCCCAGAGACUGGUUCAACUGCCUCGCAUCGACGCGUUUUCUCUGCAGAUGGAUAUGAUCCGGCAGCAGCUGGAGUUUGAAGCCCAGCGGGUUCGAUCUGUGAUGGAGGAACGUUUUGGUACCAGCGACGAGAUGGUUCAGAGGUCACAGAUACGAGUCACUCGUCUGGAGCAGCUGGAGAUAGAGCUGCAGGAGGCCCGAGGGAGUCAAGAGACCCAGCUACAGCUUUCUGGAGCUGAGAAGCCCCCUGCUGGAGAACCAGAGAGCAACACGUCAUCAGCUGCUGCAGCAGGAGCCGAAUCUCCGACAGACGGCGGCAGCAAGGUGGAGAUGGUGUUCUGGCUGCUCUCCAUGCUCGCUAACAGAGAUAAGGAGGAGAUGUCUCGGACUCUGCUGGCUCUGUCCAGCUCUCAGGACAGCUGCAUCGCCAUGAGGAAAUCUGGCUGCGUCCCUCUGCUGGUCCAGAUCCUGCACGAAGCUCCGUGCGGAGGCGCCAGCGGACCCGAGGAGGCGGCCGCGGCCGGUACGGCAACGGGCUGCAGCAGAGAGGCCAAAUCCAGAGCCAGCGCCGCCCUCCACAACAUCAUCUACUCCCAGCAGGACGAGGGCCAGGCCCGCCGGGAGAUGAGGGUGCUGCACAUGCUGGAGCAGGUCCGGACCUACUGUGACAGCGGCUGGGACUGGAUCGAGGGCCACGCAGCGACGCCGUCACCUGGAGGAACCAAAACCACCGACAUCCCUGAACCUGUGGAGCCUCAGAUCUGUCAGGCCAUGUGCGCCAUCAUGAAGCUUUCCUUUGAAGAGGAGUACCGACGCGCCAUGAAUGAAUUGGGCGGCCUGCAGGUCGUGGCCGAUCUGAUCCACCUGGACCAGGACAUGUACGGCAUGCUUAACGACCCCAUCAACAUGGCUCUGCGCCGCUACGCAGGGAUGGCUGUGACCAACCUCACCUUUGGAGACGUCGCCAACAAGGCCACUCUGUGCUCAAAGAAGAGCUGUCUCCAGGCUCUGGUGGCCCAGCUGGCCUCUGACAGUGAGGAACUUCAUCAGGUAGUCUCCAGCAUCCUGAGGAACUUGUCCUGGAGGGCCGAUAUCACCAGCAAGAAAGUUCUCAGAGACAUCGGCUGCGUUUCUGCACUGAUGACCUGUGCCCUCCAGGCCACCAAGGAGUCGACAUUGAAGAGCCUCCUGAGUGCUCUAUGGAAUCUGUCGGCUCACAGCAUCGAAAACAAAGUGUCAAUCUGUUCAGUGGACGGCGCUCUGGGCUUCCUGGUCAGCACGCUGACAUACCGCUGUCAAACCAACUCGCUCGCCAUCAUCGAAAGUGGAGGAGGAAUUCUUCGAAAUGUGUCGAGUCUGGUCGCCACACGUGAAGACUACAGACAAAUCCUCAGGGAUCACAACUGCCUCCAGACUCUGCUGCAGCACCUGCGCUCCCACAGCCUGACCAUAGUGAGCAACGCCUGCGGGACACUCUGGAACCUUUCUGCCCGAAGUAUGAAGGACCAGGAGCUGCUGUGGGACCUUGGGGCAGUUAGCAUGCUGCGCAACCUUAUCCACUCCAAGCACAAGAUGAUAGCAAUGGGCAGUGCCGCAGCUUUAAGGAAUCUCCUCACUAAUCGACCCUUAAAAUAUAAGGAUGCUGCAGUCAUAUCCCCCGGCUCCUGCAUGCCCUCACUCUAUAUGAGGAAACAGAAGGCGCUGGAGGCGGAGCUGGACGCCAAACACUUGGCCGAGACUUUUGAUACCCUUGAGAAACAGAGCCCCAAACAUCUGACCCUCAACAAGCCACUACGGCACAUUGAAAGUCUGGCGAAGGAUUACGCAUCUGAUUCUGGUUGUUUUGAUGAUGACGAGGCCCCAAACGUCUCCAGUAGCCUGGACACUGGGAGCUUCUCUAUGCUAUCCAUGUUUCUUACCAACUCUAACUUCCUGCAAAGCCAACCACGCAAGAGGGACACUGACCCUGAAAGAGAUGUAGACAUGCCUCAAAUGGUUGACAAGAGACAUGCUCCUGUUGAUGAUGUAUCUGCCGCUGCAGAGACGCUCGCAAAAAGAAUCACCAACACGGUAGCCAAGAUUGACAGGUUAGUGGAGGACAUCACCAUGCACACAUCCUCUGAGGAUAGUUUCAGCCUGAGCUCUGAAGAUCACCUGGCAGACUGGCCAUACGGACUGGAUGAACUCAAUGAAGCCCAAGCAAAAUCAUGCUCCCCCUGCCCUCUGUCUGAAACAAGCAGCUUGGCCCACAGGGAACGCCUCAGUAGAGCCCACGCUCUCUUGCGCCUCAAAACCGCCCAUACAAGUCUAUCAACAGACAGCUUAAACAGUGGAAGCACCAGUGAUGGCUACUGCGGCAGCAAGGACCAGAUGCAAACUGCUCCAAGAACUGUUAUGAUGCAACAAAGACCGAACCAACUUGAUCUCAAGGGAGCUCAUCAAGAUUACCUUAAUGUAAGUCCUGCUGUUCUGAUGGAGACAAACCAGCAAGACAUUCCAGAGAGAGAUUCUAUGGACAACAAAGAUCUGAGAGAUCUAGAGCUCAGCAUCACAGACGCAGAAAUGAACCAGGAUCAAUCUGUACAAACACCUCUCAGUGCAUCAACUAAACUCUCCUCUGAUGUGAGCAUGACUUCAAUUCAACUGUCUCCUUCUUAUCAACAGGUCCCACUCAUUCAGAGUGUCGCCAAAUUCGGUGUAGCAAAGACGGCCAUUAAUGUCCAAGCUGCCCAAGCAAUGAGGAGGCAAGCAUGGGUACCUACUGUGAUGACUGGGGGUAGUGUAACAAAAUGUUCUCCAAUGACAUCCACCAGAAGCCCGACUGUCGGGUCGAUGGAGACGGUCCAGAAAUACUCAGUGGAAAACACCCCGAUUUGCUUCUCUCGCUGCAGUUCAUUAUCCUCCCUCUCUUCUGGCGAUGGAGCGCUCGAUGGACAAAGUGAGAAUGAGCUAGAGAGUGACUCGUCAUUAGAAAUAAUUGAAGUGGAGGAUGGAGAAGUAGUGAAGAGAGCGGAAGAGGAUGAAACCUUGGAGGAUCUGAGUGACAGCCAGCUGCUGAUGACUGACUCAAAAACCUUCCCCAGCAAAGAGACCGAUCCCAUUGAAAUUCCCUGUCCUGCCAAAAAGGAAAAGGUGUUCCUAAGAGGAGCUUCACCAACCUUACUUGAAGAUAGAUCUCCAUCCAGUUCAUCUGAGAACUACAUCCACGAGACACCUUUAGUAAUGAGUCGCUGUAGCUCAGUGAGUUCACUGGGCAGCUUUGAGGCGAGCUCAAUUGCGAGCUCAAUCGAAAGUGAUCCAGGCAGUGAGAUGAAUGAUGGAACAAUAAGCCCAAGUGAUCUUCCCGACAGCCCAGGUCAAACCAUGCCUCCUAGUCGAAGUAAAACUCCAUGUUGUGUUGAGUCAAAUGGAGCAGAAACACAGGCCACAGGAAUAGCGGGUCAAUGGGAAAGUAGCUUGCGAACAUUCAUGGAGAUUGCAGACUCCAAAGAGAGGUUUAACCUUCCUCCUGACCUGGACACUAUGAUCUACUUUACUGUGGAAAAGCCCAGCGAGAACUUCUCUUGUGCAUCGAGCUUAAGUGCUCUGCCUCUUCACGAACACUACAUACAAAAAGAUGUGGAACUGAAAUUGACCCCCCUACUCCAGCAAAAUGACAAAAAUCUUCCUUUCCCUGAUGAGGAUGAGCAAGGAUUCGACCAUGGUGAAAGAUAUAGUGAGGGCAAUUCAGAUGAUGACAUUGAAAUCUUAAAGGAAUGCAUAAACUCAGCAAUGCCCUCUAAAUUCCGAAAAGUAAGACCUUCCCUGAUGACAACCAUCCCUCAUCAUAUUCUCAAUUCCCAGAUCCGAAAACAGAUGCAUCUUCCAAUGUACAUGAUGCUUCCAAAUGGCAAAACCCAAAUGUGUCCUGGGAGGAGAAUUGUUAUUCCACAGAAGGACUUUAAAUUUGAUGAUUCAUCCUUCACUGAUUCUGCAGAAGGUACACCAGUCAACUUCUCCAGCACAACAUCACUAAGUGACGAAACACUUCAGUAUCCAGUGAAGGAGAGAGGGGCUAAAGACUGCACAGCUAAAGGUAUGAACAAACAGGAAUUGCUCGACGAUGAGGCAAAGAGGAUAGAAGACUUGAGGAUAUUCUCACACUUCCAUAAGCCCAACAGAAUUAACUACCCACCAGAGAUACAAAUGAACCGAACAACCAAACACAUCAUUCCCACUCAGAAGGUGCUUAUGCAGAGCAAAGAGGUAGCUGAUAGAGUGGCAAAGCAAAGAAUUCGUGAUCAGUCUCCUAACCAACAAAAGAAGAGGCAAGUUCAAGGGCCAGUUAGGAAACUGGAUCUGCCUGUCAUUAAGAAAAAAACAGCAAGUAAUCUUAAUGUGGGAUCACAAAAAGGUAAAACAUUCUACAGACAAUCGACAAAUUCUUCAGAGGACAGUGUCAGCUUCUAUUCUGACAAAAAGGAAGCAAUGAAACAAACAAGUAGAAAACAGAUCAGGGAAGCAAAAAGAAAUACUCUUUCCCGUAGCAUGACAAAUAUUGGCAGGAUUGAUAAUUCACAAGCAAUGCCCAGGGGAUUUCACAGGAUAAAAGAGAAUCUGAUGAAGGAUGAAUCCCUGGCAUGUUACUCACUCAGCUCCUCACUUAGUUCACUGAGUGAUGCAGAGUUUGAGGAUCAGAAAUCAAGAGCCCAUCAAAUUUGGUACAAAAACAAACACAACAAAACACUAAAUAUGAUGAAACAAACAAAGUUUAUGAACAUUCACAGCCAAUAUGAAGAGCCAAGCUCGCCAAGCUCUGUCAGUAUGGAUUCGGAGGAUGACCUCCUUCAGAAAUGCAUAACAUCUGCCAUGCCCAAGCAGAGAAGGAAGCAUGCUGCAAGGAAGAAGAAAGCAGAAAAUACUCAAAAACAAAAGGCCUCUGAUGGGUGGGAUGAGGAAAUGGAUAGUGAUGACACAGCAUGGGAUCAAGAUUCAGACCUCAAUAGUGUUGAAUGGAGAGCCAUACAAGAAGGGGCUAAUUGUGUUGUAACUGGACUCCAGGCCUCAAAGUCUCAGGAGCCAUCCUCUGAAGAGACUGAAUCCGUACUGUCAUUCAUGUCAACAUCCAGCUUUACACCUAAAGAAAGGAAGUUUGCUAAAGACAAAAAGGCAAAUAAACCUUUAGACUUUGCACAGCGCAAGCCAGUUCCAAAUUUACCUGUGGUUUUCAGAGGCAGGACAGUGAUCUAUACGCCGAAAAAAGAGACAGCUCCAUCACAAAUACCUCCUCCCAGAAAAGUACCAACCAAGACAGAUGCUCCAAAAAAUCCAAACCUGGCUCAGCACAGAUCAAAGAGCCUUCACCGAUUAGGUCACCCGCAGGACAUUGAACUGUCUUUGCCAAAGAGGAGCUCUACUCCACCUCCAAGGAUACCAAAAAGUUCAUCCUCUGGAUCAUCGCAAAGCUCUACACCAUCCAAACAGUCGCAGAAAAGGAUAACAUCCCCGACUCAGACAAAUAAAUUCAUGCAGAAAAAGAUUGCCUCACCACCUAAUAGCCCGCCAGCUAGUAGUCCCCCAGAAAGAAAGGGGCGCUCUCCUGUUGUGAAUAAAUAUGAAAAAUCCCCACCACCUAAAACUCAAAAGUCACCUGUCCGAAUCCCUUUUAUGCAAAACUCAGUCAGGCCCAGAGCUCUGUCACCUCUGGUAACUAACCUAACAACCACCAAACAAACCAAUCAGGUCAACGGGAAAAGGGUCCCACCCGCCAAUCGAUUUGGAAUGGUCAGGAUGACUUCUGCCCAUUCAAGUGGCGGUGAGUCUGAGCGCAAUGGAUUCUUGAGACAGCUAACUUUCAUUAAGGAAUCACAGCCUGUUCUGAGAAGGCAUGGCUCUGCACGCAAAAUGCCUGGAUCUCAGAAUGGAUCCCCCCAAAGAGCAGCUCCUGGCACUUCAGCCGUCUUUCUUUGUUCAUCGCGCUGUCAGGAACUUAAGGUAGCUGUUCAAACCCAGAGAAGGGUGCAAGUAAAAAAUCCAAGGCAAGCACAGCAAGUCCAGAGGCCAGAACAUAGCGUUCAAAAGCAGACACCAACCCUUUCAAGAGCGACCUCCAGUGAAAGGGACCUAUCUGCAAGACGCACACACAGAAGAACUAGCUCUGAAAGCCCGUGCAGGGGGGCUGAGCGAAACAGGCAUUCCAGGGUGUCUGCAGCCAAGCAGCAACAAGACCAAGACAACUUUAAACGUCACGCCUCAUCACCAAGCAUAAACAUACUUAGCCGAGUGACCAGCCGUUCCUCCCUUCGCUCGUCUUCAUCUGAUUCAAGUGGAAGAGCAAAGAGCGAAGAUGACACAAAGAAGAAAGGGCACCGGUCUGCAUCACGGCUAAAUGACAGAGUUACAUGGAGGAGGAUCAGGGAUGAAGAUGUACCUCAGAUCUUGAAAAGCACUCUGCCAGCCAAUGCAUUACCUCUGAUGCCUUCUCCUGACGGUGAACAGCCAAAGCCACCAGCUCUUCCAGGAAAACUACCAACCAUUGUCCUUGCAUCACGCAAGACAAGUGAUGCGACAGUCCAGACAGAAGAUUUUUCGAAUAAUAAGACCAACUCAAGCACCUCUCCAACAGUUGUAACAACUCGGGUGAUCGCAGAGGAAGUUGCACGAUUUGCACUACUCAGAAAGAGUACUGCUACCUCUGGGAGUAACCCACAAGAUGGAGAUUCAGAAGUCUCACUUAAGAGUCACAGCACCGUCUCCACAGGAACGUCAGAUAUCCAUGUGGGUGGAGCUGUCCAUUUCCGCCAAGGAUCCCCCAGCAAGGCUGCCCGAAUCACUCCAUUUAACUACACCCCAAGCCCUAUUUCCUGUAGCCUGCAGGACACACAGAGCCAAGAAGCCACAAUCGAUGAAAGGCCAGAGGGAAAAAGUGAGUCGUAGGAUGUUAAGUAGACUACUGAACAACACGGAUGACUCUUCUGUGUUCCUGGAUGAAACUCUGCACUCAGGUGGACAGAUUAGGAGUGUGCUGGUCCCUUUACCUCGGGUAUUUACCCCUUACUUUCCCCAUUUACUGCAUUCAAGUUUUGCUCUGUGAACAAUUGACCACAGCUUCCAUCUACCAUUCACAAAGGGUUGGAUGUAUGCAUUGAGAAAGGUCUAAACAUGAGCAGAGCAUCAGUAACUUUUAGAGAUGCAUUUCAGAGAAAAAUCUCACAUGAAACGGAAGUGCAUCUUUUUGUACUUUUUUGUAUUUGUAGAAUAAACAUUGCCUGGUAGAAAUAUAGUGAAACAUGAAGCAACAGACAUUUAACUUGAUUUCAGCACAUUAAUCACCAUUGGUCUCCUGGACACAAUUGAUAAAAGAACAAUAUUAUGCAAACUUUUGAAGGAUUACUCAGCUGGGUUUUUACCUGAAAAGGUACAAACUAUGUCGGACUGUUGAUGGCUUCACAAGGGACUCAAUUGACAUAUUGACAUGUAAAGUAUUUUUUACAUACACAUGUAUGUACAUCAACGCUUUGGGCUUUGCCUCACCAAUCAACUGAGUAUGUUCUGUUGGGGUUGGGGCCACAUUUUUGAUAAUACAUUUCUUCAAAUUAGUAGUGCAAUCACCUUUAAACCAUAUGUCUUGUGCAUUUAGCUAGAUUAUGAUAUUGGACUGAGAUGAAUGGUGUGUUACAGAUUAAAUAUAGGUUAAACUUUAAAUCGUAAACUUUAAUACUAAAAAUCUGGUCAUUCUAAUACAUAACUUAGUAUAUUGAGCUCACCAAAAAAUGUUUUAAUUGCGACCGAUUAACUACAAACUAUUAACUGUAGAUAUGGAUCAAAUCUAUUAUCACUUAUAUAAUUUUGAUUUUACAUAAUUAAUAUAUUGUGAAAUAGAUUUUCUUUCGAAAAUCAUUUAGAAGCCAUUUGUAAAAAACAAUAUCUUUUUGUGGCAAUUUCAAAUACUUAACUAAUUUAGUAUGCAAUCACAUUGAGACAAAAAUCAAACCCGAGCAUAAAUAUUGUAGGUUAGCUUAUUUAGUAUAAAAGAUUUGGCAAAUUAAUAAUAUAUAUAACCUUCUUCAGUAGAGAUUGUCAUAUCGACCAGCUAUACUUGUGUGAAUAAAAUAAGUAUAUUUAUCUCUGAAAUUAAUAAUUUGAGGAUAUGAUUUAUCACAAAACUACCACAACACCGACUAGACUCUAGUUCCAUCACUGCAACAGAACAUAUUAUCGUAAAUUCUGUCAUUUCCCCAACUAUAGAUUCUAGGUAACUUCACACGCUCCUGUACUCUGUCUUCAUCAGUAUUGUAAAUAAUAUGCAGAUAUACAAAAUCUUCAAUACUUCCUGGUGGGCAAAAGAAACUGUGUUGCUCCCUGUCAGCAUGCUAAUAUAUUCAUUGACUGAACACACACUUGUUAACAUUGUGGACAAUGAGGGACAAUGAUGAUGUUAUUCAGAGGUAAAACACUUUCUAAAGCCCGACAAGCGCAUUACUAGCCAUCUGUAUUCAAGUGCCACAAAGACCUAUAAUGCUAUAAACUGUCGAUGAACGAAGGGACUACAUACCUCUGUUCAUCUAAUGUGAUGACAUAUUUGUUUGCUCCUAGAUUCGGGCACUGUUUGCUGUUGAGUAUUUCCUGUCAAGAAACAGAACGAUAUCAGUCAGUGAUGGUUGGGCUUCUUGGACUUCUAAACGUGUUAAUAUCUGCUUAACUGUGUUGCUGUAAAAGUAGUAAUAGGUCGAGAUGAAAUCAAGUAUAAAGUCGAUGAAUAUUCUCUGUAGUUGAACCAUCACACCUCCAUGUGUGCUGGGAGAGUGAAGACAGCAGUGUGCUGUACAGAGCAAACAUUCAUCCACAUGAAGGGGCUCGUUAUUCAGAAAAACAAGGUUUUGUAUUUACCGUCCUACUGUAUUUUCAAAGCAUGUUUUGAGUAUAUUUAAAGCCCAAUUAAAUUUUGAAUGCAAACACUUUAAUUCCCGCUGGCCAUUUUAGGAUAAGUGCGACAGUAAGGAAAUCAACUGUAUCUUCUCAGUGACAAACCCUCACCUGAUGUGUGUGGGUUGGAAUAAGGUUUUGAGCUUGAUAAAAGAUGUUCAGAAAAGAUUAUUGUCAUCACCCCGAGUAAAAACUCUGCAUUCAAAUUGUAGUUCAUAAUUCAAUUUUGGCCAUAAUUUUUUCACAAUCUUUUUCAGACACGAUGAGCCUUGUUUGUAGAUAAACAAAAAGGUUGAGAAAUGCAUCACAUUCCUUCAAUCCGUAAAGCUUUUUGACUUAAUGUGAAGGUGAAGAUGUUUCUCUGCGCGUGCACAAAUCGUUUCUUUUUUUAGGUCAAAAACUCACGUAGAUGGUAGUUUAUUACAUUAGCGGUCCAGUCACGAUAGUUUGUGCACAUGUAUGAAUAAUUAUGUGAAUAGUUUAAAUAUAAGCGCAGCUGCUGUGGAUGACUAUCUGUCUCUUUCCAUGUCAUAGUGAAUCAAAUGAUUGAAUCUAGGAGAGGAAUAGAAGCCAUGGGAGUCAACUGAAAUAGUGAAGGAAUUAUUCUGUUCUGUUCAAUACUCGUUUAUAAAUGGGAAUAUAAAACCACAGAGUUUACAAAUAAUUCUGAACAUAAUUUCACAAAUUCAAAUUCUUCUUGUCCCUUAUUUGAGCCUGUGGCCGCUGGGGGAUUCGUAAACGCUCUGCGUUUGAUACUUAAAAAGACAAUUUUUUUCAGUUGGAGAAUCACUUUAGCAGACCCUUAAAGGAAAAUCAGGAUGAAAGGAUGAUAAUUGUGUGAAAGAGACGGAUGGGAGGCUUGUCUCCAUGUUUAAAAGCCAACGGAGUGCACUGAAGUUUGUCCAUCAUUAUUGUCGGCGGCCUUGUUCAUGUUUGGCUAGAGAUGAGAAUUUAGACAAGUUCACUCCCAAAUGAAUAUGCAGACUUGGAGUUGUGUUUUCAAAUUCAUUAAUUAAAUUACUUAACAGAAAUGGGGCUGCAUUUGACUUCCAAGCUUGCAAUUAGAUAACUUAUCAGACGAAUCUGGAGCCUUUAGUUUUAUGGACACGCGUUAUCAAGGUGAUGUCUUCACCUGAUCAUGAUGGCGGCCCAGACCCAGCCUGUCUGUCUUGCAUGAACAAGGCCAGAGGAGUUAUGGAGCAUUGUGAAAUAGGCAAAGCAACUGAAGUGUGUCAUAUAAAUGUUUUCAUCCAAUAAAAAGCAAUGUGUUUC